AGCUUCUCCUCUCCCAUUCCUUUCUUACAAUUUUCUCUGUCGAAACAUAUUUUUGCUGCAAAAUCCUCUAUCGUUGGCAUCAUCAGUCGUCGUCAAUCUGUCCGUACCGAUCGAGGUUGCUGGCAUCUGUAUUCUGCGACGAUUUCAGGUCGACAUUUGCCGGAUUGCAGAGCUUUAAGGAGCAGCUCCGUGACGGCACGGUUCCUUAUUCCUUGUAAUCUAUUGUUCAUCGAUAUUCGAGCGGUUGUGAGAUCCAAAAGUUCGAAAAUUUGAGCCGAUGGAGCAAGGUGACGGCGGGGAUUUCCUGCUGAAAAAGCUUCAAUCGGUUACAACAACGGCGACAGUGACGCCCGUCUCUGAACCACCGAAGAAGCUCGCGAGGCAGCUGGAUUUCACGACGAUUUCUAGUGCCUCGGCAGGUGUAAUCUUACCGGAGAACCUGCAGCCUCAGCAGCCGACAACAACGCUUCCACCUUCAAAUCCAACAGCCCCACCAUCCCCGCAAGCGCUGUCGCCGCUGCAACAUAACAACCUUCCGCCUUCGCCUGCGCAUACGCAUCCGCCUCCGCCGCCUCCUCCUCCUCCUCGGCCUUCGUUACCACUCGUGAAGCCGGAGUCUCCAAGAUCACGACCGCGACCUAACAUUGAGGUAAAAGAUGGCACACCAAAAAAACAAAAACAAUGCAAUUGCAAACACUCCAGAUGCUUGAAGUUGUACUGUGAAUGCUUUGCUUCAGGGAUUUACUGUGAUGGGUGUAACUGUGCAAACUGUUGUAAUAAUGUUGAGAAUGAAGCUGCUAGGCAAGAAGCUGUUGAAGUUACAUUGGAGCGUAACCCAAAUGCAUUCCGGCCAAAGAUUGCUAGCAGCCCACAUGGAAUUCGAGAUAGUAGGGAGGAGGCAGGGGAGGCCCCAAUGGUGGCAAAGCACAACAAGGGAUGUCACUGUAAGAAAUCAGGAUGCCUCAAGAAGUAUUGUGAGUGUUUCCAAGCCAACAUCCUCUGCUCAGAAAAUUGUAAAUGCAUGGACUGCAAGAACUUUGAAGGCAGCGAAGAGAGACGGGCUCUUUUUCAUGGGGACCAUGGUAAUGCUAUGGCCUACAUCCAGCAGCAGGCAGCAAAUGCAGCCAUUACUGGGGCUAUAGGGUCCUCGGGCUAUGGGUCCCCUCCAGCAUCGAAGAAGAGAAAAAAUCAGGAGCACUACUUUGGGACAACUGCCAAAGAUCCACCUAUUCACAGGCUUGCACCAUUCCCUCAGGGGAAUAAUCUUAAAGCUUCUGUACCCUCUUCUUCCUUCCCAUCUGUCCUUGUUCCUCGAACUUCUAAUCCUGCAGUAAUGGGCUCUUCAAAAUUUACGUACAGGUCUCUGCUAGCGGAUAUUAUCCAACCCCAGGACGUCAAGGAACUCUGCUCCCUUUUGGUGGUAGUUUCAGCAGAAGCUGCCAAAAAGCUUGCAGACAAGAGAGAUGAAACAGAGAGGCAAGCAGAUAGAGAUGAUCAGAUGGAGAGUUCCCUAGCUUCUUCGGCUCAAGGAAAGGAGGAUAGUCAGAAAGAACCUGACAUUGAGAAGGUUGUGGUUGAUGACCGUUCAAGUGGGAACCAAGCUGAUAAAAUGGGCACGGACAAUUCUGGAUCAGAUGGUGCAGAUACUCAGAACGGAAGGCCUAUGUCCCCUGGGACACUUGCACUGAUGUGUGAUGAGCAAGAUACAAUGUUCAUGGCAGCUCCUUCCCCUAAUGGGACAAUGUGCCAUGGACGCAAAACAUCCCCACGAUGGCCUAAUGGGCAGGGCAUGUCUGAGAUGUAUGCUGAACAAGAAAGACUUGUUUUGACUGCAUUUCGGGAUUAUCUUCGGAAGAUCACCACUAGUGCACAAAUUAAAGAAACAAACUGUUCUUCGUUGGCCAGAUCGACCGAGACUGGGAGUCAACAUGAACCUGUUGCAAAUGGUACUGUAAGGGCUCCUUUUCCAGUCAGUCCUGAAAUAUCUAAGACAUCAAGUGCAGGUGCUGCUGCUGCUGCUACGAAUAACAGUCAGAUUCCCAAGGCUGGAGGAUCAUUUGGGAAUGGGGAUAUAAAACCAAAGAUUGAGAAAGAGAUGUAAAAGUGAUUUGAGAGAGAUAGAGAGGGGACCAAUAGGGUUGGCCCAAUGCCACAUCACAUCGUCCCUGUAAUACUUGGCAUUUUGUCCAAUCCGGCUGUGCCUUUAAUUAUAUGAAGAUGUUGGUCCCUUUGUUAGAACCGAUCAUGAUUGAAGAAAAAAUCAUGGUUAGAUCCAUUUUUUGGUCCUCAUUAAUAUAUUAAUUUUGUGUUCUCUUUAUCCUAUUUCCAUAGUGUGGGUGCGUGAAUACACGGUUUAGGACUUUCAAUUUCUGUUCUCGAGAAAGCCAUUAAUUAUUUGUACAAAAUACAAAUCCUUCCA